AUGCUCGAUAACGACUCGAAUGGAACAGUAGCCGUCAUCAUUUCAUCAUGUGCCUCGUUCCUUACUUCAUUGGUAUCGGGCUUUGUAGCGGAUGGAAUGGGUCGCAAAAAGUUCUUUUAUCUUGCAGCCUUCUUUCAUAUCAUUGGCAGCAUCAUCCAAUUAGUGAGCACCCAAUUUGCUGCUCUUGUCGCUGGAAGAAUCAUCACCGGUUCCACUGUAGGCAUGAUGGGCAUGUCCGUCCCUUUAUACCAAAGCGAAGUUGCCAGUUCACAGAAUCGUGGCCGUAUUAUUACACUUUACCAGCUGGGAGUGACCAUGGGCCUUUGUUUAGCCGCCUGGAUCGCAUACGGCACAACAACGAUCGAGGGUCCUUUGUCAUGGCGAAUCCCAGUGGGUAUCCAAAUUUUACCAGGAGGCCUCUUAUUGCUAGGAUUGUCGUUUGUACCGGAAAGUCCACGUUGGCUUAUUGCAUGUGGUCGUUACGCUGAAGCAUUGGAUAUCCUUGCAUUGAUUCGUAGUCGUGGCGAUACCAAAGACAUUGCUGUCCAAAUGGAGUAUUUCAUCAUUGUACAAGAUGUGACCUUUGAUCGAGCCUAUUCAUCCAAAAGGCCUUUUGCUAUUUUUCGACGAGGCAUCGACAAUUAUCUCAAACGUACCGUACUUGGAGCAGGCAUCCAUAUUUUCACUCAGCUUACAGGCGUCAACGCUAUAUUAUUUUAUUUACCAAGGAUACUAAGGUCAGCUGGACUGUCCGAAGUCGAAGCAGUGUUAAUAGGUGGUGGUGUUGCUGGCCUUGUGAAUAUGCUUGGGACUAUCCCGGUGUUCUUUUAUGUUGACAGGUGGCCACGUCGUCGAAUUCUUGUGAUCGGAGCAGCGGUGAUGGCAGCAUGCAUGAUUGUUGUGGCGGGGCUACUUGGGAAAUAUGGAACUAUGGAUCGACCAGCCCAAAUCCAUUUGAACCCGACAUCGUCUGUGGAUGGUAUUGGCGUUGAAAUCACCAAUAGGAACGCAACUUACACCGUCAUCACCUUGCUUUGCCUAUUUGUGGCUGUCUUUGCUCUUAGCUGGGGACCAGCAGGUUGGAUUUACCCUGCAGAGAUUUAUCCACAAUUGAUUCGAGCCAAUGCAAUGGGCGUAACGACCGCUACAAGCUACUUUUUCAAUAUCAUCAUCACCCUCGUUGCACCGCUGUUGUUUGAAACCAUCCGUUGGGGUACCUACUUGUUGUUUGGUUGCUUAUCCAUUGCCAUGGCAUUCGCAGUUCACAUGUUUUAUCCCGAAACACGCGGUCGAUCACUCGAAGAAGUGAACUUGAUUUUCAGUGGGGCGUUGAUUGAUGAACGAGCUGGUGCACACCAUCCAGAGACGGCACACGAAGCUUUGACUGAAAUAUCGCAGAUUGAACGCCAUGAGCAACAACAACACCGAAAAGGUCGCCGACAAAUACCAUGGGGCAAUGUAUUGAACAGGGUCCAAAAACAAGAUGCAUCAAUAUCAUCAGAGCUUGAGAAAGGAAACGCUUAG